GAGGUCCCAGUGAUCAUAGGGGAGCAGAGGCGGGAGUCACGCAGCGCUGCCCCAAGAGGCCAGACUCUCUGUCUCAGGAGGGUGAUCCCUCAUGCCCCUCUCACCCCACCCCUCCUUCAGUGUGAGCCGGGCCCUCUGCCCAGAGCCUCACGCGGUUGGUGCUCUGGAAGGGGGGCAGCAGCCUCAGGCGAGGACAGCCUCCUUUGAGGAAUGCUGCCAGCUUUCCCCAGAAGAGCGUGGAUGGUGGCACCCAACCGGGUGUGGGUCGUUGGCCCCAAAGCUGGUGCCUGUUCUGCCUGUGACAGAGACCAUCAUGGAACAGUUCAACCCCAGCCUGCGGAACUUCAUCGCCAUGGGCAAGAACUACGAAAAGGCACUGGCAGGUGUGACGUAUGCUGCCAAAGGCUAUUUUGACGCCCUGGUGAAGAUGGGCGAGCUGGCCAGCGAGAGCCAGGGCUCCAAAGAACUCGGGGAUGUUCUCUUCCAGAUGGCCGAAGUCCACAGGCAGAUUCAGAAUCAGCUGGAAGAAAUGCUGAAGUCUUUUCACAACGAGCUGCUCACGCAGCUGGAGCAGAAGGUGGAGCUGGACUCCAGGUACCUGAGUGCUGCACUGAAGAAAUACCAGACGGAGCAGAGGAGCAAAGGUGAUGCACUGGACAAGUGCCAAGCUGAGCUGAAGAAACUCCGCAAAAAGAGCCAAGGGAGCAAAAACCCCCAGAAAUACUCGGACAAGGAGCUGCAGUACAUCGACGCCAUCGGCAACAAGCAGGGUGAGCUGGAGAGCUACGUGUCCGACGGUUACAAGACCGCCCUCACCGAGGAGAGGAGGAGGUUCUGCUUCCUGGUGGAGAAGCAGUGCGCCGUGGCCAAGAACUCCGCCGCCUACCACUCCAAGGGCAAGGAGCUGCUGGCACAGAAGCUGCCGCUAUGGCAGCAGGCCUGCGCCGACCCCAACAAGAUCCCCGACCGCGCCGUGCAGCUGAUGCAGCAGAUGGGCAACAGUAAUGGCUCCAUCCUCCCCAGUGGCCUGUCGGCCUCCAAGUCCAACCUGGUCAUCUCAGACCCCAUUCCGGGGGCCAAGCCCCUGCCGGUGCCCCCCGAGCUGGCCCCGUUUGUGGGGCGGCUGUCUGCCCAGGAGAACGCACCCGUCAUGAACGGCGUCUCGGGCCCAGACAGCGAGGACUACAACCCGUGGGCUGACCGCAAGGCCGCCCAGCCCAAGUCCACGUCUCCCCCGCAGUCUCAGAGCAAGUUGAGCGACUCCUACUCCAACACGCUUCCUGUGCGCAAGAGCGUGGCGCCCAAGAACAGCUACGCCACCACCGAGAACAAGACCCUGCCACGCUCGAGUUCCAUGGCCGCCGGCCUGGAGCGCAACGGCCGCAUGCGGGUGAAGGCCAUUUUCUCCCACGCGGCCGGAGACAACAGCACCCUGCUGAGCUUCAAGGAGGGCGACCUCAUCACCCUGCUGGUGCCCGAGGCCCGAGACGGCUGGCACUAUGGAGAGAGCGAGAAGACCAAGAUGCGGGGCUGGUUUCCCUUCUCCUACACCCGAGUCCUGGACAACGAUGGCGGGGACAGGUUGCACAUGAGCCUGCAGCAGGGCAAGAGCAGCAGCACGGGUAACCUCCUGGACAAGGAGGACCUGGCCCUCCCGCCCCCCGACUACGGGACGUCCUCCCGGGCCUUCCCCACCCAGACGGCCGGCACCUUCAAGCAGAGGCCCUACAGCGUGGCCGUGCCCGCCUUCUCCCAGGGUCUGGAUGAUUAUGGGGCACGGGCCGUGAGCAGUGCCGAUGUGGAAGUGGCCAGAUUUUGAGCGGCCCCUGACUAGAGUUAGAACCCCUUCGCCAGCGUCCAGCUAAAGCCGACAGUGACCAACGACAGGUCUGCCCCACUCCUCAGCUGACCGCCGCGUCUGCGCCCACCGCCUGUGGGGACCCCUGCCCUGCCCUGUAACCUGUUUUGUUACAAUAGGCUUGUUCCCUGUUAGAGAAUUCCCUCCUUCCAAACCCUUCUGCCCCCACCUCAGUCUGGUCUGGGCUGGACCCCGGCUCUUGCCACAGGGUCAGGAGGUGGCACCUGGGCCGUGCUUGAGGAGAAUGAGGGGGGCUGGCCCCGGGCCCUGGGGCCAACUUUUCGGGCCAGGCAUGUCUGUUGUGUAGGCCGGGGAGCCUCCAGGGUGCAUGGAAGGUCAUCCCGUCGGCUUGUCGCUGAAGGGGAGCCCCUGUCCGGUCAGUCACGAGGCCACUCACCUGUGCGUGCCUGCAGGCAGGACACAAGGGCGCGGGGAGCGGAGGGUCUGCCCCUUUUCUCAGAAGACGGAUUUAUUAAGAACACGUAACCUCCUGGCAGACUCUUGCCUGGGGCUCUGCUGGGUCUCCCUGUGCCCACUGGCAGUUUGGGGGGCUUCUCCCUGCCCAUACCCGAACUCCUACCCAGAAAUGGCUGCAGGGGCCUGGCUCUCCUCCCUGGCCCCAAGGAGGGGGUCAAUGCUGUGUCCUGGGUCCCCGAGCUGUGUACCAUUGAGGCGGUCCUGGCCCAGGGCGUCUGGGUGGGCUUCCCCCCUUGAUGCCCUGGCUGCUUCCCUAUUUCAGCUGAAAUACAAGAUUUUAGAAACUUUU